AUGGCCACGCCAACUCCAGUGAAUAUUUUACCCUCAUAUCCUUCUUCCGGUAUACCUUUCAGUAUAUUUCGUCAAGAUCUUGAACAAUAUUCACUUUGUCAUAUGAAAGAUGAUGAUACUAAAACAUUUUUAUGGCAUCAAUUUAUGCUUGAUGUACUUUUUAACAUUCCUUGUUCACCCAUAGACAAUCAAAAUAUCAUUGAAGCGUCUCAUCGUGUAAAUGAAAUCGAUAUAAGUGAUUCUAUUAAUAUUAAACAAGCACAUAUUGAUGAAUUCUUAACGACGUAUACAUCGCCUAAAGCUAUAAAAUGGUAUACGAGAGAUUCAUUUCUAUAUCGUGCAUUUAACAAAGCAUGUCGAAUUGUGGAUAGUGAUUUGAUAAUACAAUUUCAUUCAUUUGUUAAAGAUCUUAGUAACCAAUUAGAACAUCUAUAUGUACAACAGAAGGAUAAAUUGUAUAGUAAACGACCAUUGACUGUGUAUCGUGGACAAGCAUUGUGGCAUAUUAAUGAAUUAAAGAAAUUUCGUGAAAGUAAAUCUGGUGAUCUUAUAGCAAUGAACACAUUUUUAUCGACAACAGUCAAUCGUGAUGUGGCUCUUGGUUUUAUUUUGGGCGCUGAUAAGAACACGUCUGUGAUGCUUCAAAUUACAAUCAAUGACGAGGUAAAAAAUGAUACUCGAACUCAAAUAUUUGCUGACAUUAAGCAAUUUAGUGACUAUGAAGAUGAAGAAGAAAUUCUCUUUGGUAUGUCCACUGUUUUCAAGUUUAUUUCUAUUGAGGAUACAGAUUAUUGUAUGAUAGUCAAUUUGGAAUUAACCGAUUGUAAAGCAGAUGAAAAUGUAAACAGAUUGAUGAAUGAAGUUAAAAGUCAUUUAUAUGAAAUAUCUGGUAAACAAAUUCCAUUUUAUAUAUUUAAACAAUUAUUCACAACAACUUCUCAUGGCCAUUUUAGAUCAUUUACAGAACUAAUAAAAUUUGUUCUUGCUGAUUUAACACACGAAUUUGUUAUCAAUAUCUACAAAAAAGAAUGUCGAAUGAAAGAACUUAUUGAUUCAGAUAAUAAUUUACUUGAAUUCAUUAAUAAAACAAAUUAUGAUAUAAUUCGUUCUAGUGAAAGAUCAAUUUGUUUUUUAUUCGAUAUACUCAAUCGAUUUCUUUAUUCUUCAAACAAAACUAAACAAGAACAAAUCUCAUUUAAUUUGAAUGAUAAAAUAUGUUUAUUUUGUUUCGGAGGAUUUUUAUUUCUUAUUGGUGAAUCCAAUAAAAGUAUUCGAUAUUUUGAAAUACUCUUAAAAAAUGACUGGAUUGAUAACGAAUUGAAAGUAUUAAUCUAUACAUUAUUCGGUGCAGGUCCUACAGGAAUCGAAGAAAAAGAAUUAGCAUCAAAAUAUUUUUCACAUGCAUUACAAUCAUUUGAAUCAUCUACACAAACGUCGUUUAUGCCAUCUUCUCAUCCUCAUCCUCAUACAUUAGAUGAUCCCGAUCAACAAGGAAAUGAAAUCUUAUUAAAUAUCCAACAAUCAUUUCUACAAAAUAAACAAUUUGAUAAUGACAUCAAUGAAAAAAUCCGUUUAUUAAUUUUAGGUAAUAGAUUUUCCGAAGAACAAAAAUUAAAUGAUGCUCUUAAUCAUUGGGAAGAAGCAUUAGAAAUAAUAUCUUCGAUACCUUUUACAAUUGGAAAUGUUUUUAAUGGAAUUAUUUAUUUACAAAUGGCAACUGUAUAUUGUCGUUUAAAUAAAACAUCGGAAGCUUUAAAUUUUAUGGAAAAGGGUUUAGAAUAUAUGAAAUCUUAUUAUCCAUCAACUCAUAGAAUGUUUGCUACUUUUUAUUUUCUAUAUGGAUAUUUUCUAAUACAAAAUCAAAGAUCUUCACAAGCAAUUAAAUAUUUAGAAAAAGCAUUAGUAAAUCCAUAUUUUUCCACCAAUAAAGAUUUUCUCGUUGCUGUUUAUAGUUUAUUAGUAAUGGGUAGCAUACAAUCCGGUAAUAUUAAUUGUGCAGAAGAAUAUUGUUACAAAGCUCUUCAAUAUCAAUCAUCAACAAAUUCUACGAAUAUGAUUUCUAUUUUCCUCGAAGGAUUACCACACAUAAAAAUGAUGGUUGAUGCUCAAGGUACAGAUUAUGCACAGCAGAUUAUUGGGAUGAGUUUACAACUUGGUCAACAAAUGCUUUCGAAAAUA